CUUUGCAACCCAUCCAUGCACCAUCAAAAUACCAAACAGUACUGGAAACACUCUCUCUUCUUCUCUCUUUAAUCCGCAGAAUUCUGAAUUAGUGAGACAUGGCGAUGACUCGAGCCCCUCCUUCCCAUCACAGUGUUGCAAUACUCUCAUCAUUAUUUUCACUCUUUUUCUUCUUCUCCCUUUUCUUUACUAUGACUUCUGCUCAGUUAUCUGCAACUUUCUACUCUUCCUCCUGUUCGAAUGCUCUUUCCAUAAUCAACCAGGGCGUGAAAGCGGCCGUGCAGAAGGAGGCUCGCAUGGGAGCAUCCUUGCUUCGUCUCCAUUUCCAUGACUGCUUCGUCAAUGGGUGUGACGGGUCAAUAUUAUUAGAUGACACGACAAGCUUCACCGGAGAGAAAACUGCCGGUCCAAACAAUGGAUCGGUGAGGGGAUAUGAGGUUAUCGACACCAUUAAGACUCAACUCGAACAAUCAUGUCCGGGAAUUGUCUCUUGUGCUGACAUUGUAGCUGUUGCUGCUCGAGACUCCGUGGUUGCGCUUGGUGGUCCAAGUUGGAAUGUUUUGGUCGGAAGAAGAGAUUCAACUACUGCAAGUACAAGUGGCGCUAACAAUAACCUUCCCGCACCAACUCUCAGUCUCAGUCAACUCAUCACCUCCUUCUCCAACCAAGGCUUUAGCACUAGAGAAAUGGUUGCUCUCUCAGGAGGGCACACGAUCGGGCAAGCGAGGUGUACAACAUUUCGAAACCGAAUAUACAACGACGCCAAUAUAAACGCCACAUUUGCAAGAUCAUUGCAAUCAAAUUGUCCUCAAAGUGGGGGUGACAACAAUCUUGCUCCAUUAGAUAACACUCCAACCUCAUUUGACAAUGCUUACUAUGUGAACUUGCAAGGGAAAAGAGGAGUUUUUCAUUCAGACCAAGAGCUCUUUAAUGGAGGUUCUACCGACUCUAUCGUCAACACUUAUUCCUCGAACCCUUCUACGUUUACUUCGGAAUUUGCAAGCGCUAUGCUGAAAAUGAGUAAUCUUAGUCCUCUUACUGGCUCAAGUGGCCAAGUUAGGAAGAAUUGUAGGAGAACCAACUAAGUAAUGUGUAGUAAUGAUUGCAUUACUAUACAAAAUAUAGAAUUUAAAGUGUAAUUAAAUAUCUUUUGUGUGGACAGGGUCGAUCAAGGGCCAAGAAAGUGAAACUGAAUAAACUUUAUAAAGAGUGAUGUUUUUCUUUUAUCUGUUUAUAGAAAUUAAUCACUGGAUGUAUACGCGAGUUUACUUAAUUUUUUUCAGUUUUUUUUCUUAAAUACCUCAAAAUCUCAUAAAUACAUGAGUUGGAGUAUUGGUUUCAUUGUUUGAUUGACUUUAAUUUUUCAUGCAACAAAUAAGGAAAAAACUUGGAUGCACCUUCAAUCAACAUUUAAUUAAGUUGC